ACUAUGGAGCACAGUCCAAUAGUGAGUCCUUAGACAGACAGCAGAGGUCCUGCUGUGGCUGCCUGCCUCUCUGUCUGUCUGUCUGUCUGGGCUCCUGCUCCCUCGGGCUAUGAGGAACUAGUUAGGGUGAUUUAGGCUAUCCCCUCUUUCAAAAUGUACGUACCUCAGGGCCACUUCCAUGCGGACCAGGGCCAGGCCCUAUGCCAGGUCCAGCCUCUGGAUCUGUUGUCUUCGGAGGGAUCGUCGACAUCUCAGGAGCUGAAGACCGAGCCAGAGACCAGGCCAGAUCAGGCGGAGGUCUGUCCAGUCUGUGGAGACAAAGUGUCUGGCUACCACUAUGGGCUGCUCACCUGCGAGAGCUGCAAGGGUUUCUUCAAGCGUUCGGUGCAGAACAACAAGCGUUACACCUGUGCAGAGAGACAGAGCUGCCCCAUGAACCCCUCCCAGAGGAAACGCUGCCCCUACUGCCGUUUCCAGAAGUGCCUGGCCGUGGGCAUGAAGAGAGAGGCGGUAAGGGCAGACCGAAUGAGAGGUGGCCGGAACAAGUUUGGCCCUCUGUAUCGACGAGACAGGCAGAUGAAACAGCAGAGAGGGGUCUACCACCACCAGCAGCACAACACCACCCCCUACAGGAUCAAACUGGAAAGUGCACAAACGCACCAGCCUUCCGUUUCAAACAACAUUCACCUAAUGUCCAGUCACACAUCGGCACCCCUGCCCUCUGACAAUUUCCACCAAUCACAGGCCUACCCCUCUAAUAUGGGCCAUUCAGAGCUCCCCCCCAUGCUUCUGGACUGCACCAUGAACCGGGACAGGAGGGCUCUAGCUCCUCCCCCGUCCCUGGCUUACCCUGAACUGUACCACCGUUCCUUCCAUGGAGGGGGAUCAGGAUACCACCAGGAGAAAAGUGAGAGGACGCCUUACAGCUACGGCCCGGCACCUCCAACCCCGCCCACGCCUAACGGGUUACUCACCCCACUCACCACGCCCACAACUACCCUGAGCUCAACCCCGACCUUAACCUCCACGUUGACUGCUCCCACACCUAGCUUCCUGGCCCAGCUUCUGGAGGGUGAGCCGGAUGAGCGCCAGCUGUGUGCCAAGGUGCUGGCCAGCCUGCAGAGAGAGCAGGCAAGCCGUGGGAAACACGACCGCCUCAACACCUUCAGUAUCAUGUGUAAAAUGGCCGACCAGACUUUGUUUGGGCUCGUGGAAUGGGCCAGGAACAGUGCUCUCUUCAAGGAGCUCAAGGUGGAGGACCAGAUGGUGCUGCUGCAGAGCUGUUGGAGUGAGCUGCUGGUGCUGGAUCACCUGUGUCGACAGGUGGCGUACAGCAGAGAAGGCUGCAUCUAUCUGGUCACAGGACAACAGAUUGAGGUGUCGAACAUCCUGACCCAGGCAGGGGUCACUCUGACCAGUCUGGUGUCAAGGACUCAGGACCUGGUGGUUAAACUCAAGGCCCUCCACAUGGACACACAGGAGUUUGUGUGCCUCAAAUACCUGGUCCUCUUCAACCCUGAUGUGAAGUCGGUGCAGGACCGCAGGCAGGUGGAGCGGACCCAGGAAAGGGUGAACCACACCCUGAUGGACCACACCCUCUACACCCACCCGGGUCACACCGACAAGUUUGGCCAACUGCUGCUACGGCUUCCUGAGGUUCGCAGCAUCAGCCUGCAGGUGGAGGAGUAUCUGUACCAGCGCCACCUACUGGGUGAUCUGCCCUGCAACUCAUUGCUCACAGAGAUGCUGCACGCUAAACACAGCUGAAUACCGCCUUGCCCUGCUAACAGAGAAUGCUUUACAACACCCUGGGACUGUCCCAAAUGGCAACCUAUUCCCUACAUGGUGUACUACUUUU